AUGACCACAACACAACUAGUGCCUAAUGAUAACAGUAGUAAAGAGUUGAUAGAGAUUGCCGAUCAGAUCUCGAAUAUAAUUGAGUCAUUCAUUGAGGUUGGAAUUUUAGUCCAUGAUAAUCAGGGUACGCCUCAGUCCAACGCGGCUCUCUCGUCCAAGAUGCAACAGUUGACACGACAGCUUAAACAUCUCUCGAACGUCGAUCCUAAGCUGAUUGAAGAUUACAAGAUCCCUAUUGAUGUUAUUUCGUAUGUUGAAGAUGGAAGAAACCCCGAUAUUUAUACUAGAGAGUUUGUUGAGGUUUCAGCGAAGCUGAAUGCCAGAUUGAAAGGUAAAAUGCAAGGUUUUGCAAAAUUGCAAGAAGUGCUUGGUGAUAAGUUACAAACCGAAUUCCCAAGGUUGGAAAAGGGUGUUGAAAAUGUCAAGACCAGAACCUCUGGGUAA